UUUCUGUUCUCCUCCGUAGUCGUAUUGGCUCGAGCGCAUUUCGGUCCAGUUCUUUCCUUCGCGACGCACUGACCAGAGAACCAUGGGAGGCUCCCAGUCGAAGGGCUCCGCGGCGCCAGGUGGCGACCCUACGACCAUCAUGUACACGUACACGGACGAGGCCCCGAUGCUCGCCACGCACGCUUUCUUUCCAAUCGUGAAGGCAUUCUGCGGACACGCGGGCGUCGCCUUGGAGCUGAAGGACAUCUCGGUCGCAGGCCGCGUGCUUGCGCAGUUCCCUGACUGCCUCAAGGAGGACCAGAAGACGGCCGACACCCUGACCGAGCUCGGCCUCAUGGCCCAGAGUGGGAAGGCGAACAUCAUCAAGCUCCCGAACAUCAGCGCCUCCGUGCCGCAGCUGAAGGAGUGCAUCAAGGAGCUGCAGGACAAGGGGUUCGCCGUGCCCGACUACCCUGAAGAGCCCAAGGACGACCGCGAGAAGAGCAUCAAGGCCUCCUACGGCAAGGUCCUCGGGAGCGCGGUCAACCCGGUGCUGAGGGAGGGCAACUCCGACCGGCGUGCGGCGGUGCCGGUGAAGGAGUACGCGUUCCGAUACCCGCACUCCAUGGGCAAGUGGGAUGCAAGCUCGAAGACGGUCGUGCGGAGCAUGAAGGACGGCGACUUCUACUCGCACGAGCGCUCCGUCACCGUGGAGGCGCCCUGCACCGCGCGGAUCGAGCUGCGUGCCGACGAUGGCACGACCACCGUGUUGAAGGAGGAGCUGCCGCUCAAGGCCGGAGAUGUGGUAGACGGCACCUUCAUGGACUGCGAGGCGCUGUGCGCCUUCUACGAGCAGGCCAUCCAGGAGGCUCAGGCGUCCGGGGUGCUCUUCUCGCUGCACCUCAAGGCCACCAUGAUGAAGGUGUCCGACCCGAUCAUGUUUGGGCACUGCGUGAAGGUCUACUUCAAGGACGUGUUUGCGAAGCACAGCGGGACGUUCGCCAAGCUCGGCGUUGACGCCAACAACGGCCUGGGUGACGUGUACAAGAAAAUCGCGUCGUUGCCAGAGCCCGAACGCAAGGCCAUCGAGAACGACAUCAUGGCGACGUAUGCCAAGCGCGGGGACAUGGCCAUGGUGGACUCCCACAAGGGUAUCACGAACCUGCAUGUGCCCAGCGACGUCAUUAUUGACAAUUCUAUGCCGACGGCAAUCCGUGGCGGCGGGAAGAUGUGGAACAAGGACGACAAGGAACAGGACUUUGUGGCCGCUAUUCCCGAUCGAGGGUAUGCUGUGGUAUUCCACGAAGUGGUCGAAUUCUGCAAGAAGCACGGUGCUUUCGACCCCAAGACCAUGGGCGCCUGCCCCAAUGUGGGCCUCAUGGCACAGAAGGCAGAGGAAUACGGCUCGCACCCGUGCACCUUCGAGAUCAAGAAGCCAGGAACUGUCUGCAUCGUCGUCAACGGGGCCGAGCAGGUCCUGAUGGGACACAAAGUGGCCGCUGGCGAUAUUUACCGCUCAUGCCAGACGAAGGAUGCUCCCAUCAAGGAUUGGGUUAAGCUGGCGGUGAACCGGUGCCGCGCCAACAACUUCCCGAACAAUGACAAGCCGUGCAAGGCGAUCUUCUGGCUCGACCCGGCUCGCGCGCACGACGUGAUUUUGAUGGAGAAGGUCAAGAAGUAUUUGCCAGAGUUCAGUCCUGAGGGUUUGGACAUCGAGGUCAUGUCGCCGAUGCAGGCCACGCGCGUAACCUGCGAGCGCGCCAGGGACGGCCUGAACACCAUCACGGUGACUGGCAAUGUCCUCCGGGACUAUUUGACCGACCUCUUCCCCAUCCUGGAGCUCGGCACGUCCGCGAAGAUGCUCUCCAUUGUGCCCAUGCUCGCUGGCGGUGCCAUGUACGAGACCGGCGCUGGUGGUUCUGCGCCCAAGCACGUGCAGCAGUUUGUCAAGGAAGGCCACCUCCGCUGGGACUCCUUGGGCGAGUACCUGGCACUUUCGUGCGCGUUCACGGACCUCGGGGUCAACAAUCCCAAGGCCAAGGCCUUGGCCGACGCCCUCGACAAGGCCGUUGGCACCUUCCUGGUCGCGAACAAGAACCCCUCGCGGAAGGUGAAGGAGAUCGACAACCGCGGCAGCCACUAUUGGGUGGCGCGAUACUGGGCCGAGGAGCUGGCGAAGCAGACCGCGGACGCCGGUCUGGCGGAAACAUUCGCGAGUUUUGCUUCUGACCUGGCCAGCAGCGAGGAGAAGGUCCUCCAGGAGCUCAUCGACUGUCAGGGCAAGCCGAUGGACAUCGGCGGCUACUACAAGCUCGACAAGGCCAAGGCCGACGCGGCAAUGAAUCCCAGCACGACGCUCAACUCGAUCGUCGUCCGCAUGUCCCAGGGUCUCGACGCCAGGGUCUGAGCGGACUGCUGGGACGCUGAGGUAUCGUGCUGCGGGAAAGCACAGCUUCAAGCAUCGGGCUCAGUCUGCUGGCGAUGUCACCACGACGCGGGCGGGCUCUAAUGUAGCUGGCCCUGCCAGAGGCCUCGAAGGCUAAUUUUUGACCGCGGUGCCUGCAAUCAUUUUCCAAGAUCCGCGACCGUGGAACGACAUCUGAGCAGCUUCUCCGAGUUUUGGGUGGGCUCCUGUGAGGGGCCAGGUGCUGCUAGAUCUGCUGGAUGCCGCGUGGCUCGUGCGCCUCGGGCGUUCUUUCAAAAUCGGUCGAGGGGCCGAACUGUUUAGAUGAUAUCGGCUUGGUGCAUUUAGCUCCACCGACCUUCCAGCUCUGCCCCGCCGAGUUCGGCAGGACCAGUGGAGGGUGCGCGCGCGAACGAUCUGGCGUCGGGCGGGGGGUGUGCGCCGGCAGGUUCGCCGCGGUGUGGUGCCGACGGCUCGGCAGACGCGCUGGCCAGCGUUGGUGCCGACAGGCGCGGCUGUGGCUGCAUCUCUAGAGCCCCACAGGGGGCCCCUAGCAUUAGCACUGGCGCUGACACGAGCACCGACCGACCACAGGGUCGGAUCGGGCAGGAUCUCACGAGCGGCGAACGUGUCCAUCGGCCGUUGAAAGUAGGUAUUUUUUGGAUUCCCAGAUUCCAAUCGACUUCGAGCGCCUUUCCAUUUCAAUGAUCGAGUGGCCUCGCCCUUCCCGUCCUCCUUCGGGGGCGGACGGAACCCAAUCUUUUUCCGACGCCGUCCUGCUUCGUGCUUCCGUGUGCCUCUUUCUUGCGGCCGACGGCAUCCGUGCCCACGCGGCCUGGAUGCCGGGAGCGCGAUCUCGUGGGGUGCGCGGUCGCACGCACGCGCUCCGCGCAGGGAGCCCGCGAGGAGGGCGCCCCCUGCGGCCCACGGGGUCGCGGUCCGGGGGCCCCGGGUCCUCCCAGACGGCGCGGGCGCGAAAUCUAG